UCAGAGCAGGGCAUGUGUGUAUCAAAAUGUGCACAUGGAAGUACAAUCAGAACUCCUCUCUAUAUCUGAACAUGAGGCAAUCUCUGAGUACAUCAUUAUCCUGGAGAACUCUGAUACAUCAGUCAUGAUUGAUGAAGCUGAGUUUCAUUAUACUGCAUCAUGGAGCUUCACACACACAAAUGACACAUAUAUCACAUCCUCAUUGCCAUUCAGUUGGCUUUCAGUCAAGAAUAUCGAGGACCCAUCGCAGAAGCAAAAAGCCGCCCUCGUCAGCAUCAGCGCCCCAAACGCAGCCCGUCGUGCAAUUCGACGUCACUGCCGCCCCAGGUGCCGCCCUCGCUGACCUCCAAACCGCGAUCGAAGCCUACCUCGGCCCGGGAUGUGCCCAUCGACUUCCUCUUCGCGAACAUCGG